AUUUUGAAAGGGUCACGUAAACAAACUACAACUCCCAGCGGUCCCCGCGCGCAACAGGUCAGGGCUAGGCUGGGGCCGGGUUCGCGGUGCUAGCUGAGGCGGCGGCGGCGGCUACGGCUGGAAGAGCCGGGCCGGGGCCCGCGGCGGAGGCCGUGGCUUGUAUUGGGAGGGUGGCGGGGAGGGACUGGGGAGGAAGAUGGCGACGUCGGGGGCGAACGGGCCCGGCUCGGCCACGGCCUCAGCUUCCAAUCCGCGCAAGUUUAGUGAGAAGAUCGCGCUGCAGAAGCAGCGUCAGGCCGAGGAGACGGCGGCCUUCGAGGAGGUGAUGAUGGACAUCGGAUCCACCCGGUUACAGGCCCAAAAACUGCGGCUGGCGUACACACGGAGCUCUCACUACGGCGGCUCUCUGCCCAACGUGAACCAGAUCGGCUGUGGCCUGGCUGAGUUCCAGAGCCCCCUCCACUCGCCUUUGGAUUCAUCUCGGAGCACUCGGCACCACGGGCUGGUAGAACGGGUACAGCGAGAUCCCCGAAGGAUGGUGUCCCCGCUUCGCCGCUACCCCCGCCACAUAUCCUUCACAGAGGGGCUGGGGAGCCGGGGGCAGUGGGACGGUGUUCCCCGGGAACUCAGGGUAGGAAGGGACUCCCAGUGCUGUCCAGUCCCAUCCUGCGGGAGCGCUCCGUUACCCGGCCUUCCUGGAAAGUGACACUUGGCCCAUGUGCCAGCACUGGCUCCUGUGACAGGGAGGUGCUGCUCUUGAGGCUCUGUCCUCCGUCUCUGGCUGGCGCUGACUGUCCCAACUGCAGGUGGCUCUUUGCUGCUAGAGGCGGGGCUCCCCGAUGUGUCUCCUGCUAAGGGGGAUUAACAUCCCUCCUCCUCCCAUUCAUGUUCUUAGCUCUCCAUCUCAGAGACCUCACAGCCCUGGCUCCCCCAGGCCCUGCCCAGAUAUUCGCCUGUACCUUUCCGGUCCCACGAGUUCCCCUUCUAUUCGUUGCCCCUAUUGUUGUCCCUUGUGGAGCAGGAGAAAGGCGUUUCUUUGUGUCUUUUUUUUUUUUUUUUUUUUUUUGGCUUUUAGGGCCGCACCUGCAGCAUAUGGAGGUUCCCAGGCUUGGGGUGGAAUCAGAGUUGCAGCUGCUGGCCUACACCACAGCCACAGCAACCCGGGGUCUGGGCCACGUCUGCAACCUACACCGCAGCUCAUGGCAACGCCAGAUCUUUCACCCACUGGGCGAGGCCAGGGAUCGUGGAUACUCGUUGGGUUCGUAACCGCUGAGCCACGAUGGGAACUCCAAAACAGGUGUUCGCUUCUUGAAACACCUCAUCUGUUAACUCCAUUGUUUCUCUCUCCUCUGGUCUCUCUCCCAUCCAUCCCCUCCUCCCUUUUUCCCUUGACUGGUGCUCCUCACAUCGACAGCUCUCCCUAUAGUCCCGCCUACUUAUCGCCGCCCCCAGAGUCCAGUUGGCGCAGGACAAUGCCCUGGGGCAAUUUCCCUGCAGAGAAGGGGCAGUUGUUUCGACUACCAUCUGCGCUAAACAGGACCAGCUCUGACUCCGCCCUUCACACAAGCGUGAUGAACCCCAGCCCGCAGGACACUUAUCCAGGCCCUCCACCUCCCAGCGUCCUGCCCAGCCGCCGUGGAGGUUUCCUAGACGGCGAAAUGGACUCCAAAGUACCCGCUAUUGAGGAGAACUUGCUAGAUGACAAGCAUUUGCUGAAACCCUGGGAUGCUAAGAAGCUGUCCUCCUCCUCCUCCCGACCUCGGUCCUGUGAAGUCCCUGGAAUUAACAUCUUUCCAUCUCCUGACCAGCCUGCCACUGUGCCUGUCCUCCCACCUGCCAUGAACACGGGAGGCUCCCUACCUGACCUCACCAACCUGCACUUCCCCCCACCGCUGCCCACCCCCCUGGACCCAGAGGAGACUGCCUACCCCAGCCUGAGCGGGGGCAACAGUACCUCCAAUUUGACCCACACCAUGACCCACCUGGGCAUCAGCGGGGGCCUGGGCCUAGGCCCGGGCUACGAGGCGCCAGGACUUCAUUCACCUCUCAGCCACCCAUCCUUGCAGUCCUCCCUAAGCAAUCCCAACCUCCAGGCUUCCCUGAGCAGCCCGCAGCCCCAGCUCCAGGGCUCCCACAGUCACCCCUCACUGCCUGCCUCCUCCUUAGCCCGCCACACACUGCCCACCGCCUCCCUGGGUCACCCCUCGCUCAGCGCCCCGGCCCUCUCCUCCUCCUCUUCCUCCUCUUCCGCUUCAUCUCCGGUGCUGGGUGCCCCUCCUUACCCAGCUUCUACCCCCGGGGCCUCCCCCCGCCACCGCCGUGUGCCCCUCAGCCCCCUGAGUUUGCCCGCGGGCCCAGCCGACGCCAGAAGGUCCCAACAGCAACUGCCCAAACAGUUUUCGCCAACAAUGUCACCCACCCUGUCUUCCAUCACUCAGGGCGUCCCCCUGGACACCAGUAAGCUGCCCACUGACCAGCGGCUGCCUCCAUACCCAUACAGCCCCCCGAGUUUGGUUCUGCCCACCCAGCCUCCCACCCCAAAGCCUCUACAGCAGCCAGGGCUGCCAUCUCAAGCCUGCUCAGUGCAGCCCUCGGGUGGGCAGCCCCCGGGCAGGCAGCUGCACUAUGGCAUGCUGUACCCACCCGGCUCCAGUGGGCAUGGGCAGCAGUCUUACCACCGGCCAAUGGGUGACUUCAGCCUGGGGAACCUGGAGCCGUUCAGCAUGGACAACCCAUCCACCAGCCUGGCGCUGGAUGCCUCUGGCUUUUCCGAAGGGCCUGGAUUUUUAGGGGGUGAGGGGCCAGUGAGUGGCCCCCAGGAGCCCCACACCCUCAACCACCAGAACUUAACCCACUGUUCCCGCCAUGGCUCAGGGCCCAACAUCAUCCUCACGGGAGAAUCCUCCCCAGGUUUCUCUAAGGAGAUUGCGGCAGCCUUGGCUGGAGUGCCUGGCUUCGAGGUGUCCACGGCUGGGCUGGAGCUGGGCCUGGGGCUGGAGGAGGAGCUGCGCAUGGAGCCACUGGGCCUGGAGGGGCUCAACAUGCUGAGCGACCCCUGUGCCCUGCUGCCCGACCCUGCUGUGGAGGACUCGUUCCGCAGUGACCGGCUGCAGUGAGGGCACCUGAUCGCCAUCCCUCUCCUCGGCCCUGUCCCCCGCCGUCACUGUCCCUUUUCUCCCUUCCCCCUGGCCAGUAGAGACUCCACUCUCUGCCCCCAGAUCCUCUUUCUAACGUGAACGAGGGAUCCUAAGAAUGAGAAGAAGCAAGGGGUGUGUCCAGGUGGCCCCUAAAUUCUGCACAAAGGGUGGGCCUAGGGGAGCUCAAGGGAGGGCCUGAAGCACUUGUAACUUUGAACCGUCUGUCUGGAGGUCAGAGCCUGUUGGAAAGCAGGGGGGUAGAGGGGAGCCCCGGAGGCAGGGCUUGUCCGGAUGCCUAGGGGUGGGCAGUGCCAGCCCCUCCUCGCCACUCUUCCCCUUGCAAUGGAGGAAAGAGCCAGAGUGGAUAUUAUUUUUUAUUAAAUAUAUUAUAUGUUAAUAAAAAAAUCAUAUCAAACCC